AAAGACAACACGUACGUGGCUUGACACUCUUUUCUCAAAAUUUGUGUAAAAGCUCCACAGCUCAAGCUGUUAUAUAUAAGCGUCAUAGAGGCCAGAGAGUGAGUGUUUAUCCAUCUUUCCUUAAUUUUAAGUUCAUUGAACUCCCAAGAAAAAGGAUAGAGUCGAUAGGCCACUAGCAGAUAUCAGAUAUGUCGAGUAACGGUGCAUUGGAGGAAGCUAAGGUUCCUUUGAUAGAAGAUUUAGCUUCAGCGGAGCGAUUGAAAGCUGAACAAGAUGAUCAAAAUCAAUCUCUUACGAAAAGGGUAUGGUUAGAAUCAAAGAAGCUAUGGCAGAUAGUUGGUCCUGCAAUCUUUAGCCGCCUCGCCUCAUACUCCAUGCUGGUAAUCACUCAAGCCUUUGCAGGCCACCUUGGAGAUCUUGAGCUUGCUGCCGUUUCCAUUGCAAAUAAUGUCGUCGUCGGUUUCGACUUUGGCCUCUUGUUGGGGAUGGCAAGUGCACUAGAAACACUUUGUGGGCAAGCCUUUGGAGCCAAGAAGUACUACAUGUUGGGAGUAUACAUGCAACGUUCAUGGAUUGUUCUUUUCCUGUGUUGUGUUUUGCUUUUGCCUUUAUAUCUAUUUGCUUCUCCAUUCUUGAAGCUGUUGGGCCAGCCUAAAGAUGUUGCAGAGCUAUCUGGGAUUGUUUCUAUGUGGAUGAUACCACUUCACUUCAGCUUUGCUUUCCAAUUUCCUCUGCAAAGAUUCUUGCAGAGUCAGCUGAAAAACAUGGUGAUUGCAUGGGUUUCCCUGGUGGCUCUCUUGGUCCAUGUGUUUGUAAGUUGGCUGUUCGUGCAUAAGUUUCAGCUUGGGGUGGUUGGAACUGCAAUUACCUUGAACUUUUCUUGGUGGGUUUUGGUUUUUGGGCACUUUGCCUAUACUGUUUGUGGUGGAUGCCCUCUUACUUGGACUGGCUUCUCCAUGGAAGCAUUUUCUGGCCUUUGGGAAUUCAUCAAACUGUCUGCUGCUUCUGGGGUCAUGCUCUGCUUGGAGAACUGGUACUAUAGAAUAUUAAUCUUGAUGACUGGGAAUCUGAAAAACGCAAAAAUUGCCGUGGAUGCUUUGUCAAUAUGCAUGACAAUUAAUGGGUGGGAGAUGAUGAUUCCUUUCGCAUUCUUUGCUGGAACCGGAGUUAGGGUGGCAAAUGAGCUUGGAGCUGGGAACGGGAAAGGAGCUAAGUUUGCAACAACAGUUUCAGUGGUGACAUCAAUUAUAAUUGGCAUCUUCUUCUGGCUGUUAAUUAUGGUCUUUCACGAUAAGUUUGCUCUUAUAUUUUCCACAAGUGAACCAGUCUUGGAAGCAGUAAGCAAGCUCUCACUUCUCUUAGCCUUCACUAUUCUGCUCAAUAGUGUUCAGCCAAUUCUAUCUGGGGUGGCAGUGGGAUCUGGAUGGCAAUCCUAUGUGGCUUACAUAAAUUUGGGUUGCUACUAUCUGAUUGGGGUUCCACUUGGAUUCUUGAUGGGAUGGGGCUUCCAUCUAGGAGUAAUGGGAAUUUGGGCUGGAAUGAUCUUUGGUGGGACAGCAGUUCAAACUGCGAUACUGGCCAUUAUUACCAUGCGCUGUGAUUGGGAUAAGGAGGCUGAGAAAGCAAGCAUGCACGUAAAGAAGUGGUCAGGGACAAAGUAAUCAAAAGCUCAUGUGAAUCAAGUUCAAGACAAGGAUCUCGUAUGUCAGAAAAGAUAUUACGCAAUUUUGAAGUGAAGAGAAAGGUCUUACAAGUUUCAAGGGCCUAUUAAAUUUCUACUGGCAAAAUGAAUAAGUCCCUGGUUUGUAAUUCUCGUUUUUCCCCCAUCUUUGUAAUUUUCUUUCGUUUCGAAUGAAAUUGCAUAAUGUUGUUGAAGUGUAAACCAUGGAGCAAUUCCUUCAUAG